CAGUAUGUUAAAAAUGUGUACAAUGUGACGAUCGCAUAUGCAGAUGCAAUUGUGCAGUCCGAAUUUGAAUUGGUCUUCAAAGGCGUUUGCCCGAAGAACGUGCAUUUUCGUGUUGAAAGAGAGGAUAUACGAAGCCUACCCGAACAGGACGAGCUACUGGGAGAGUGGUUGGCAGAGCGCUGGAAAGACAAGGAAGCGGCUUUAUCACACUUUUACGAUUCUGAUGAUGUCAAACAGCGAAACUUUCGGGACGAGACGGAAGUUAACUUAUUUAAAGUAAAAUUUUAUAUAUCAUGA